UUGAGGUGUAAGUUUCACGAAAAGUCAAAUAAUUUUUAUUUGGAACAAAUGAUUUUUUUUGGCUCCAAACUUGGCCAGGUCAAAGACCUCAUCAAGAAUUACAUAUGGCCGUUGGAGAUUUGAGAGAUCCCAACGCACCCCCUCUGUUCCAUUCCCCGCCAAAGGCGCGCCAUUCUCAUUGUUUUCCGGAAGAAAUUGCCCUUCCCGACCUCCCAGUCACAAAAGCCACAUUUCCUCGCCGAUCCGUUUAAUCCGUUCUGGAUCUAUCCAUCUUCGUUCUUCUAAUUAGGGGUUUCAGAUCGAGAAGACGAGAAAGUAAUUAGUUCGAUGCAGUAGAAAUGGGAACUCCAGUAGAUGUCGUGGUAGGUUCCCAGGUUUGGGUCGAGGAUCCGCAGCUUUCUUACAUCGAUGGAAGAGUAUCAAGUAUUGAUGGACAGGAUGUUGAGAUCCAAACGUCCGAUGGACGGAAGGUUGUAUCAAAUCUAUCAAAGGUUUAUCUCAAAGAUGAUGAUACUCCUGAAACUGGUUUUGAUGACAUGACCAAGCUCUCGUAUUUUCAUGAACCCGAGAUUUUGCAUAACUUGUCAAGAAGAUAUCACCUAAAAAGUUUUUAUACCUAUACUGGAAGUAUACUCAUUGCAAUCAAUCCGUUCCAAAAACUGCCUGAUCUGUAUGAUGUCCGUACAAUGGAACAAUACAAAGGAGCAUCUCGCGGGGAACUCAGCCCUCAUGUCUUUGCAAUUGCUGACAUUGCUUACAGGGCAAUGAUCAAUGAAGGCAAAAGUAACUCUAUCUUAGUAAGCGGUGAAAGUGGUGCGGGUAAAACCGAAACUACCAAAAUGCUCAUGCAAUACCUUGCUUAUCUUGGAGGCCGAAAAGGCACUGAAGGGAGAAAUGUAGAACAACAAGUUUUGGAGUCAAAUCCAGUUCUUGAAGCAUUUGGCAAUGCGAAAACUGUUAGAAAUAAUAAUUCCAGCCGUUUUGGGAAAUUUAUUGAGCUUCAAUUUGACAACUAUGGGAGAAUAUCUGGAGCAGCCAUUAGAACUUAUCUCCUAGAGAGAUCUCGUGUUUGCCAAGUAUCAGAUCCUGAGCGAAAUUAUCAUUGUUUUUAUCUUCUUUGUGAAGCACCAGAAGAGGAUAUCAAAAGAUACAAGUUAGGGAGUCCGAAAUCAUUUCGUUACCUGAAUCAAUCAAAUUGCUAUGAACUAGUUGGUGUUAGUGAUGUCCAUGAUUAUCUUGCAACAAGAAGAGCAAUGGAUAUUGUUGGAAUUAGUGCAAAAGAACAAGAAGCAAUAUUUAGAGUUGUGGCAGCGAUUCUGCAUCUUGGAAACAUUGAAUUUACCAGCAAUGGUGAAAGUGACUCAUCAGUUAUUAAGGAUGAGAAAUCAAAGUUCCAUCUUCAAACAACAUCAGAGCUACUUAUGUGUGACAUUAAUGUACUUGAAGAUGUUCUACUAACGCGCUCUUUGGUCAUCCCUGAAGAUGUUAUCAAGAAGCGUCUUGAUCCUAAUAAUGCAGCAGCCAGUAGGGAUGCUUUAGCAAAGACUAUAUAUUCUCGCUUAUUUGACUGGUUGGUGGACAAAAUUAAUAACUCUAUUGGACAAGAUCCAAAAUCAAAGUCACUAAUUGGCAUUCUUGACAUUUAUGGGUUUGAAAGUUUUAAGAGUAAUAGUUUUGAGCAGUUCUGCAUUAAUUAUACGAACGAGAAGCUGCAACAACAUUUUAACCAGCAUGUGUUCAAGUUGGAGCAGGAGGAAUACACAAAUGAAGGGAUUGAUUGGAGCUAUAUCAAAUUUGUUGAUAACCGAGAUGUUCUAGAUCUUAUCGAAAAGAAACCUGGAGGGAUCAUUGCUCUUCUUGAUGAAGCAUGUAUGUUUCCCAAGUCAACUCAUGAAACUUUUUCGCAAAAGCUUUAUCAGACUUUCAGUGGGCACAAACACUUCAUCAAACCAAAACUAGCUAGUAGUGAAUUUGCAAUUGCUCAUUAUGCAGGAGAGGUUCUAUACCAGUCUGAUCAAUUUUUGGAUAAGAACAAAGACUAUAUUGUUCCUGAGCAUCAAGGUUUGCUAAGUUCUUCUAGGUGCCCAUUUGUGGCAGGACUCUUGCCCCCUCUUUGUGAGGAGACAAGUAAACUUUCCAAGUUUUCAUCUAUUGGUUCUCGUUUCAAGCUACAACUCCAACAAUUGAUGGACGUUCUUAAUUCGACUGAACCUCAUUAUAUCAGAUGUAUGAAGCCAAAUAAUCUCCUAAAACCUUCCGCUUUUGAGAAUGCCACCAUCUUGCAUCAACUUCGUUGCAGUGGAGUUAUAGAAGCAGUUAAAAUCAGUUGUGCAGGCUACCCCAUGCGUAAAACAUUCUUUGAUUUUCUUAAGCGGUUUGGUAUUCUUGCUCCAGAAGUAUUGGUUGGGACUUAUGAAGAAAAAGAGGCUUGCAAAAAGAUUUUGGAUAACAUGGGGCUUCCUUGUUCUCAGAUUGGUAAGACGAAAGUCUUUCUUAGAGCAGGUGAUAUGGCUCAACUGGAGGCAAUGAGGACUCAAAAACUCAGCCGUGCAGCUAUGAGAAUUCAAAGGAAUAUUAAAAGCCGUAUUGAUCGGAGAUGCUUUCUUGAUUUGCAAAAGGCCGCAAUUUGUAUACAGUCUUCUUGCAGAGCCAGGCUUGCUUGUGAAUUGUGUGCAACCAUGAGAAAGGAGGCAUCUUCUCUCAAAAUCCAGAGAAAUUUUCGUGGACAUUUUGCGAGGAAGUCCUAUGUGAAGCUUAAGUCUGCUGUCAUUAUUCUGCAGAAAAGAACACGGACAUUAGCUGCAUUCAAGAAGUUCAGAUACAAAUAUCAAAAUAAGUUUGCAAUUACUAUACAAGCCCAUUGGCGUGGUUAUAGAGCCCUCUUAUACUAUAGGAGACUAAUAAGGGCAUCAAUUGUAAUGCAGUGCUACUGGAGAGGAAGGGUUGCAAGGAAAGAGCUUCAAAAGUUGAUGGUUGCGAGAGACACAGGUGUGGUUGACGAAGAAAAGGAUGGGCUUGAACACCAGAUGGGUUUGGAAGAGGCAAAGAAGCAGGAUUCAUCAGUCCCUUUUGUAGAUACAGAAAAGAUCAAUGCUUUAACCGCAGAAGUGGAAAGAUUAAAGAUUCUAUUGCAAUCUGAAAAGCAACGUGCAGAUGAAUGUGAAAGGAAAUGUGCAAAAGCUCUAGAAUCAAGUGAAGAGAAGCGUGUGAAGUUGGAAGAAUCGGAAAGAAGAGUUCACCGACUUCAAGAAUCACUGAACAUUGUGCCUCAGGAUGUUAUGCAGCAUAUCAGAUCAAUUCUCAGAGCUAAAAUUGAUAUUAAGUGCCUCAUCCAGCUCAAGUUCAACUUCCAGAUUCAUUUCUAGUGGACAUCAUGGUGAUGCUACAACUUCCUCUAACACUGAUGCCACAACACCCACAUGUCCAGAUCUUGCUUCAACGUCAGCACCCCCAUCUUCCCCUGAUCCCGCCGCUUUCCAGCUUAUAGUUCAAGAUCUUUCAGCAGCAGAAAUAGCAGGAUAUGAAAACUGUGAAAGUGACCGGGAAGGGGCAUUCGAUGACUUCUUCUAAGGGAAAGUUACCUUUGAACAUUUUUGCAUAUGGUCUUGUUAACAAUUGUGUAUUCUCAACCAGAAUGAGGCUGUUGUUGUUACCUGCAUGGAUAGUUCAUCAUGCCAUGUACAAAUAUUCUUUCAACGGAAUCUCUUGUACAACAUACUUGUUAGGGAACUCAUAACCAUGGACCCUCCUCUGCUUGACUUUGAAUGGGAUAUCCGUCAAGGGUGAAUGGGGUUCCCCCUUCCCACUUCAGUUCCAGUGGAAGGGCACAUAAAGCUUCUCCAAGAGGAAGGCCCAUUGCAUUCUGCAUUGAGGAAGACCUGUUUCUGUUUUCAUUACCUGCAAAGACCUCAGUAAAUUGCGGGGACCAGAAGUAAACGGGACCCAUAUUAUUGACUAGAUAAUUCAAUCACGGGCAAAUCUUCAAUGAAGUGACUAUUUAUAUACACACACUCAAGUUAACCACCUUUCCACCAUUCAGCAACAUUAUCUUUGCGUGAGUUUCCAAGGAACAAUUAAGGAAACAACCUUUCCAUCCUUCAGCUUGAAGUAAUACCCAUUGCUUGAAGGUUGCUUGGACCAUUCGGCAACUCAUCCGGCCGUCAAACAUGAUCUGACAGCUUGCUUGGAAACUACCUGAAGUGAUCCAUGGUUAAUUUAAUGAAAUAUUUCUUCAUUGCUCGGAGCAUUGAGAUCCACGAGAUGUCAGAGAAGACGGAAGAUGAUUGAGCACAAGUUUGUGUUGCUAGAUGGUGAUGUAGAAGUUAUCAUUAAUAGCAUUCUGGCUUCCAGGCCCACUGACUGAUCAGACACAUUGAGCUGGGAAGAAGAAUAAAGCUUCUUAUUUCUCGUUUUCCAUACCGCAUAGCAUGCUACUGCCCAAGCAGCUAAAACAUUUUCUUGGGUUCCUUAAAAUGGUUUGUUCUUCUUGCUCCAGAAGUGAGGCAGUUUUGUUUUUUAAAAUCACAGAAGGAGCUUGCAAAAAAUGGGGCCUGGCUGCUCUUUCGGUAUGAGAGAAAAGGCCUGCACAAAGUAUUACCACCAAAAGAGUCUUCUUAGCGAGGAAGUAAACAAAUUUGGCUCCGAGAAGUGAGUGAAGGGAUCGUAUGUCAAAUUGGCAUAACAAAUGUGCAAUUCUUCU